UCGGAGACAUUGCAACAUUGCGACAUGGCGACAUAGCCAACAGCCGAGUGCCGAUUUCUUUCUGUCGUCGUCGUCGUCGCAAGGUUCAUUUGGUCCUCGUCGUGCUUGGGGAUUUCGUCCGCUUCCUACAACCUACGCGGAGAACCCGCGCUUUACACGGAAGCGAUGACCGAAAACGCCGAUUCACAAGCUGAAAAUGUUACACACUCCGAGCACGGGGAUGCGACGUCACAGGGGUCAGCAUUGGUCCAACAGCCGCAGCAGCAGCCAGAGCAGCAGCCACAGCAGCAGCCACAACAGCAGCCGCAAGCAUCUUAUUGGUCUAUAGCGAAAGGACUUGUGAUAAGGGCAGCUAUCGUAUACUUCGUCUCCAGUUAUUUCCGCAAACAGCCUGCUGCCCCAAAUGCCACAGACACAGUUGGCUCUUCGAACCUCUUUUCCAAUGGUACUAUCAUGGACAUGUACGUGUACGUGUGGGAGAAAGACACGUUUUCGAAUUUUGAAGUCGCCUCGGCUCUGCUGUGGAAACAGACUGACCUCGUCUAUGGAGACUGGGAAGGCGGACCAAACCACGACUCCAUCUACACGCACAGUGCUCGCAUCAAAGCCUCUCAGAACGUGAAGAACAAUGGGACACUCUACCUGCAUGUCUACUUUGUUCUGAGUGGCAAGUCGCCGGACCCAAGAGCAGGAAGUGACUACUCCAACGUUUACACCGUGUACAGAAAGAAACAGCUCAACAGGUAUAGGAAGUUGCGCUAUAAACGGACCCAGAACCUGCUGACUGGCCAGACCGCAGCCACUCCAGAAAUGGUGGAGAAAGCAGAGACGAUGAAAGAGGAAAUCCUGUCUCACUGGCACCCUAACUUGACCAUCAACAUCAUCGAUGACCACACACCGUGGAACCCCAACAGAGUCCCACCUCCCAUCGACCAGUAUGUCGAGUUUGAGCCCAGCACUGGCCAGUACUACCCCAUUGUGUACCUCAAUGACUAUUGGAAUCUGGCCAGAGACUAUAAGCCCAUCAAUGAAACCACAGAGUGGCUUGACCUGGAACUGGUGUACCACCCACUGAGCAUGUUCCGCUGGCAGCUCUACAUGGCUCAAGGCAUGCGCAGUUUUUCCUUCUUCGGCCAAGACCUGCUAGAGGAAUCUGAUGAGGACAGGGACUCCCUCAAGGAAGCCUUCCUGGAAACGUCUCCGUACCUCCUGGCAGUCACCAUUGCUGUGUCUAUCCUACACAGCAUCUUUGAAUUCCUCGCUUUCAAAAAUGAUAUCCAAUUCUGGCGCAACCGUAAGUCCCUGGAGGGCCUGUCAGUGCGCUCGGUCUUCUUCAACGUGUUCCAGUCACUGGUGGUGCUCCUGUACAUCCUGGACAACGAGGCCAACACAUUAGUGCAGAUUUCUGUCUUUGUGGGCUUGGCCAUCGAUGUCUGGAAGAUCCACAAGGUGGUCAACAUUUCGCUCGACCGUGACAACCCGUGGCUGGGGGUCAUCCCACGAGUACGUUUCUCGGACAAGUGUACCUACGUCGAGUCCUCUACGCGGCAGUACGACCAGAUGGCGUUCAAGUACCUGUCUUGGGCACUGUUUCCCCUGCUAGGUUGCUACUGCAUAUACUCUCUCAUGUACCAAGAGCACAAGGGCUGGUACUCGUGGGUGCUCGGUGUCAUGUAUGGCUUCCUUCUCACAUUCGGUUUCAUCAUGAUGACACCACAGCUGUUUAUCAACUACAAGCUCAAGUCAGUGGCUCAUCUACCGUGGCGGAUGCUCACCUACAAGUUCCUCAACACGUUUGUAGAUGACAUGUUUGCCUUUGUCAUCAAGAUGCCCACCAUGUAUCGGCUGGGAUGUUUUCGGGAUGACAUAGUGUUUUUGAUAUUCCUUUACCAACGGUGGAUCUACCGGGUAGAUCCCAAGCGCUACAAUGAAUUUGGCACCAGUGCGGAAGAACAUGCCAACGGCAAUGUCCCGGCCUUGUCUGCGGACGCCAUCAUGGAUAAACCAGCCGACCUCAAGAAAGAUGACUGAUCGGAUUAUGUCUCUGGAGAAGAAGUCACGAGAGGAAGCUUGUUGGAAGAAGGAAGUUUGUUGACAGUGAAUGUUAAGACACGAGUCUGUACUGUGGAGUCCUAGAAAAGGAAAAAAAGUAAAUUAUGUCGCCAUGUC